AUGGCUACAGUUGGCAAGUUAUCGCAUGCUGAUAUCAAGGAUAAAAUUUUUGGUUCCGCACAAAUGCACAGACGUUUCGGCUACAAAAUGGCAAGUGGCCUAUUUCAUAAAAAAGACGGCUACCUGGGCCGUAAAGUGAGGAGACUGCCGCCUCCAAGAAUACUAGUACCGGAAGAACCGCCACGAGAGCUGCUCUCCUUUACACUUACGAAAGAAGAGCAAACUGGUCUCAAAGGAAUCGAAUUGAUGCCGCAUUUAGCCCAAGCAGGCUUCAAUUAUCGCGAAUAUCCCGAUUAG